AUGUCCGUUCUUGACAGCAAAGCUGCUUUUGCAGACAGGCUAAAACAAUUGGGAAUCCAAGAUGCCCUCAAGGGCGAGUUACAAGACAGAGGGUUCGAAACCUUCGGAUCCCUGGCAUUUGCAGUAUCCACAACUCCGCAGCAGAUCACAGAUGCAGUGUUAGAAGCCUGGCUGCUCAAGGUCACCACCCGAGACCUAAGCCCAUAUCAAACAUCCUGUGUGAGACGCUUAGUGGUGGAGAGUCACGCAUUAGCAUUGAACGACCUGCAGCGCAAGGUGGAUCAACCAUCGGACCCCCAGUUAGCAGCAAGAAAGCUUCCAGUUGCAGAGCGUCAAAGUCGCCAGACAGAGCAGGAGCAGAGUUCUUUCUUGGAUCAAACCCGAGGAUUGCACUUCCAGAGCACAGGAAAUCCAGUCACUCAAGAGAGACCCCACUUGAAGAUUAGUUCCAAGACCAUGAACAGCACAUGCACCAUUAGCUCAGAGUUGGAUCUGCGCAAUGCCUUCCAACGCCGAUCCCUUGCCAUGGAUCUAGCGAAGUUGUGCUCAUUUACAGAGAUUGAACGCUGGAUUCAACAUUUGUUCCUGUCACACGAACGAGCUCAGCCAUCAGGAUUUGCGUCCGUGACCUUGCAACAGAUUAUCGAGUGUGACAAGCAAAUGUUCAUCCGUGCAUCCAAUGCCUUAAUAGGAUCCUUGCAAGCCGAGCCGGGGGUCGCAGUGACCCCCUUGGACAAAGAGCUCGCUACACUCCGCACUUCCCCAGAGCUCAUGCCAUAUCUCAUGCCCAUGCCAAUGAAAUCUAUGCCCAAAGCAGGAGCCGUGGACGACAAUGCCCCAGAUGCUGGAAUGUCAAAUACAUCCAACCCAGCAGCAUCAUCUGCUGUUCAACAAACCAACGGCAGCUGGACAUUCGACACAGCGGCCGAAGCAGCUUACCCUGAGUUGCUGACACGUCGUGUGGCAAUGGCUGUCAAAACUUUCUUAUGCAACGACAAGAAGAUCUUGUUGUGGGAGAAACUACUUGAACUCAACAAUUAUGACGACAUGGAAGUAGUCCACUUCAUGAAGGAAGGGGUCCCCCUUGUAGGAACCCAUGAUCACCCCUCUAGCUAUGCUAUGAAGCUUAAGCUAGCCUCCACCACGGAGGAGUCGGCGGUGCCAUCCCGGUUGGCCCUUGAGAUGAGGAGGCCACAGACGGACUCCCCGGGAUUUGCAGAGCACUUGGAACCCACGGCCCAAGAGGAGGUGGAUUUAGAUUUCCUAGAAGGCCGCUUCCACUCCGCGGAAGAAGUCACCAACCUGUUGGGACAUUCAAAAUGGAGAAUCAUGAGAAGGUUUGUAAUUGAGCAGGGAGCAAAGCUGAGGCCUAUAGACGAUGGGUUAGAAGCUCAACUCAACUCUGCGUACACAUCCACUAUAAGACUGGACCUGCAGGAUGCGGAUUACGUUGUAGCCAUGGCACUGAAAUUGGGCAAACACAAGGGACUGAACUGGGUUGGUAAAACCCUGGAUCUUUCAAAGGCUUACAAGCAGCUUCCCAUCAAGCCCGGCCAUAGGGACCUAGCUGUUGUGUUUUUUAGAGAUUCCCAAGGUAAGCCUAGGUACUAUGUCCCCAAUGCCCUUAUGUUUGGCUCCACAGCCGCCGUGUACGCAUUUAACAGGGUGAGCAGAUCCAUUUGGUUCUUGGUGAACGUAGUUCUCAAGGUACCCUCUGCGGUGUACUUCGAUGAUUAUCCAAUGUUCUCGCCUGAGGGUUCUUCUCAAGACACCGAUGCCCUGGUAUCGGAUUUCUUGGACUUGUUGGGUUGGCGUCACGACAGGACGGGUCCCAAGGGAAAGCCCUUCUCGCCAUCCUUCGAUGUCUUGGGUAUGACUUUAGAUCUGAGUAACUUGGAAUCGAAGGGGCACCUCACCUUGAAAAACAAAGAAGGCAGGGUGGAAAAGAUAGCGGCCAAAGUACUACAGGUCCAGCAAUCAGGCCAAAUGUCUCUUCCAGAGGCUCAGGAGAUUCAUGGGUUACUAAACUUUGCCACAGGGUACUUUGCGGGGAGGUCUUUGAGAUACAGCUGUUUCAAAAUUUUCUCAGUAGUGGGCAAAGAUCAGAGCAUAGCCGAACCAACACAGGACUGGUGCUGUGACGUCCUGGUGUUGCUGGAAAAUACCAAACCACGUACCAUCCCAGUGGCUAUCAAUUCAAAAACCAUCCUGAUCUUUACAGACGGGUCGUGGGAAGACGGAUUUGGGGGCCUUGGAGCCGUGCUUCUUGAUGAAUCUUCAGGCUCACGAGUCGUCGUUCAAGAUCAGGUGCCAGAAGGGUUGUUGUCCUUGUGGAAGGGAUUGGUAGGAGAUCAACUGAUCUGCCAAAUAGAGCUAUUGGCGAUGGUCCUUGUGAGAUGGCAAUGGAAACAUGAACUCCAUAACCGCAAAGUGCUUCUUUUCGUAGAUAAUAACUCUGCUAGAGGGGGCACUGUGAAAGGAAGAUCGAGUAGUCCCACCAUGGACGAUUUGAUCAAAGCCUUCUACUCGAUAGAGGUUCAUUUGCCAUCUUUCUGGUGGAUAGAGAGGGUCCCUAGCAAAAGCAAUCCAGCUGACGAACCCUCACGCAUGGAGGGCCGAGCAGCAGCCGAUCGCUGGGGAGCCACCUUUGUGAAUGGAUUUUCGUGCCUUGACACAGUAUCAACUUGGCUAUCCCAGGCAGCAGCAAAUCGAAAAGAUCCCAAGCAGAAGGGCCCGGUUUAA